CACUUGCCUGACACCGGUACCAUGCGUUGCCUCAUCAGCCUCGUUCUUGGCCUGCUGGCCCUGGAGGUGGCCCUCGCUCGGAACCUAGAGGAACAAGUCUUCAACUCAGUUCAGUUCAUGUCCCCAGAAGCCAGCCCCAUUGAGGGCACAGAGUGUAUCAACUGCCAAACCAACGAGGAGUGUGCCCAGAAUGCCAUGUGCUGUCCCGGUUCCUGUGGUAGGACCUGCAAAACUCCUGUCAACAUUGGCGUUCCAAAAGCUGGCUUCUGCCCUUGGAAUCUACUCCAAAUGAUCACUGCUGGGCCAUGCCCAAAGAAGAUAGAAUGCUUCAGCGACCAUGAGUGUUCUGGCAACAUGAAAUGCUGCAACGUCGACUGUGUCAUGAAAUGUACACCCCCAGUGCCAGAGGUUUGGUCCAUCAUCAUUAAGAUGGAAGCUUGGUGACACAUAGGCAGAUGUGGUGCUGGAGAAGGAGCUGGAAGUUCUACAUCAGAGCUCACAGGCAGCGUGAAGAGAGGGUGCCACUGGGCCUGGCUUGGGCUUUUGAAAUCCCAAUGGCCACUCCUAGUAACACAUUUCUUCCAACAACAAGGCUAUACCUCCCAAUCCCUAACGGCCAAGCAUUUAAAUCUUCAAGCCUAUGGGGACCACUCUUAUUCAAAACCCCACACAGAUGAAGAGAUGUAAGGAGGGGCCGAGGGGUGGAAGAUGCAGGAAUGUCCCCAUGGGACAGACACCCACCAGGCACACCAGAAAUCGUCCUCAUCAUUGAAGUCCGGAGCUUUUAGGAAGGUUUCAUUACAUAAUCAUGAUCGAUUAAACUACUGACUGUCGGCGACUGAAUUCAGCCACCAUCCCCUCUCUCUUACCUGGAGGUCAUGAGUUGAUCUGGGAGGUCCAGCCCACACUAGUCCUGUGCCUGGUCUUUGUGGUGACCAGCCCAUCUGAACCUGCAGAAGUUCCCAUAUGAUCCGUCCCCAUUUGAAGCUAUGGAAACCACCCUUUGAAGCCUCUAUGCUGGGAAGAUGAACAUCUUGUCACACAAAGAAGCAUAUGAAAAAAGGCAAAAGGAAGUCAGCACGGGCAAGGCAAUUUCUUUUCUGCAAAAAGAAGCGUGCGUCAGAAGCCAAACCAGGCUAGAAAGCAGCACUCUUGGCCAAAAUGGCCUCCAGCUCUCAUCUCUGAUGUAAAUGGUGACUGUGUUUCAUCCCAUUGGUGGGAGCUCAACUUCAUAACUGAUGGGAUUGACAUUUGAUGCAGUUGGCUAAUGGGUAUAAAGAGGGAGGAGGGGACUUGGGAAAUAUGGGUCCUUGUUAGGCUAGCUACCUGGGUAGAAAAACAUAAAACAGUAUUUCUGAAGCUAUGAUUUGGCUGCAUCUCAAAUGAACUGGAUCAGACUAGGGUAGUGCUUUAUAGCAAUUUCCCCUGAGACAAAAAUCCUCCAUCGUGGAGAGAAUCCUAGAAAGGCAUGGGAUUUUCUAAAAAAAAAAGGGUGCCAGCUAAAACUCAAAAGCUCCAUCCUGCAGAAAAGCUAGUUAAAACUCAGGAAGUAAACAACACAAAACUUUCAGGAAGUUUCUGAAACUGAUCACAUGUGCUAGGCUCCUCCUUCCUCAAAUUUAUAUAAGCAGUAAAAACUGCUGAAAGACACUCUUGGGCCAGUUAGCCAUAUGGAAAAAAAACUCAGACCAGCAAGCUACUUGUAAAGGACCCUCCCCAACCCAUAGAGCUGCCUACCUGUUGCACAGUAUGCUCCAAGUUUCCAGUUUUCAUGAGCCAUUGCUCACACUAUCGUGGGCUUUGGUAGUUAAGUUGUCUUGAGUCACUUCUGCCCCUGUAAGUAACCCUCUGUGGUGGUGGGAAUGAGAAUGGCCCCCAUAGGUUCAUGUGCUUGGAUGCAUGGUCAUCAGUUGGUGGAACUCUUUGGGAAGGACUAGGGGGUGUGACCUUUUGGAGAUGUGUCACCAAGGAUUCAAAAGUCCAUGCUAUUCCCAGUGUAAGUUCUUUCUCUCUCUGCCUCCUACUGUGGAUCAAGAUGCAAACCUUCAGCUACUGCUUCAAUGCCAAGCCUGCUUACUUCCAUGCUCCUUGUCGUGAUGGUCAUGGACUUUAACCCUCUGAAACAGUAAGCUCUCAAUAAAGUCUUUCUAUGUGUUG